GGGGGGGGCUGGGGGUCGGUGAGCAGGGAGACCGGCUGGGCUUGGUUUGCAGCUCCUUCUGUGAAGCAUGGACCUUGAGCCUGUUUAGCAUGCCGGGUAGAUAGUGGGAGCUUUGCUGGUUAGGGUUAUUUUUGGGGUGUACCCACGAGGAGCCCCUCUCUGCAACCUUCUCCAUCCUUGCUGGAGCAGGGGACGUGCUCUGACACCCGGGAAUCCAGACAUCACUUUGACAACUCUCUAUCUCAUUAGCACAUCUGUAUUUGAUGGCUUUGUUUGCAGCAUUGUUUGUAUCAUUUAUGGCAAUACAUCUAAACGAAGUACAGUUUUUUUUUUUGCUUUAAGUUUUGUUGGUUUUUCCUCAUUUCCAUUUUUUUCCCAUUUCCACUUUUUACUCAUUUCCAUUUUCUUCCCAUUUCCAAUUUUCCAUUGAAAAAAAACAACCACCUGCGAUUGUCCAAACGGGUGCAGAUCCUCAGGAAGAGGCAGGGGAAGGAGUGCUGACGAGGUCUGGCCACCGGCCUUGCCACCGUGCAGGUUUUGCUCUGUUGCCCAAGUGACGCGGUGUUACGAAUGCUGAUGGUUUCACCAGUGUUUUCUCUCUGAGAUCCUUGGUUAUUUUACCCAAGUUAAGUGAUGGAAAUAGAUGUUAAAGAAAUGAAAAUCACCCUUGGGUCUUUGCUAUUCAUAUCUGUGUGAAAGAUUCAAGGAUGCUCCAUGAAAACACAUCGGCUGAUUGCUUAGACACAGUAACAACAGGUACUGAAGAUGGGGCUUUCCAAAGAAAAGGCCAUAGUACAAGAAUUCUUAGCCCAGAAGAGAUUGAGAGAUUGGCAAAAGAUCAGGUUUUGGUGUCUGAGUUCAAGCAACUGAAACUGGAAAAAGAGGCACAGAAGAAUUGGGAUCUGUUUUACAAAAGAAACAGCACCAACUUCUUUAAAGACAGACAUUGGACAACCAGAGAGUUUGAAGAGUUAAAAGCAUGUCGGGAGUUUGCAGAUCAGAAACUGACCAUUCUGGAAGCUGGCUGUGGGGUUGGGAACUGCUUGUUUCCACUCUUGGAAGAAGAUCUGAACAUUUUUGUGUAUGCCUGUGAUUUCUCUCCCAGAGCUGUGGAGUAUGUGAAGAAAAAUUCCUUAUACAGCACUGAAAGAUGCAAAGUGUUCCAGUGUGAUCUUACCAAAGAUGACCUUCUAGAAAAUAUACCAGCAGAUUCCGUGGAUGUUGUCACUCUUAUAUUUGUUCUUUCUGCCAUUCAUCCUGACAAAAUGCAUCUUGUCUUGAAGAACAUUUACAAGGUAUUGAAACCAGGCAAAUGUGUCCUGUUCAGAGACUACGGACUGUAUGAUCAUGCAAUGCUCAGGUUUAAAUCUGGCAGCAAACUUGGAGAAAACUUCUAUGUUAGACAAGAUGGGACAAGAGCAUAUUUUUUUACUGAAGAGUUCUUGUCUCAGCUCUUCAAGUCUGAGGGAUAUGAGCAAGUGGUCAAUGAAUAUGUGCACCGAGAAACUGUGAAUAGGAAAGAAGACUUGCGUGUUCCAAGAGUUUUUCUUCAAAGCAAAUUUCAAAAGCCUUUCAGUAAGACAUAAGUCUUGCUGAUUAGCAAUAGCGUUGCCAAUAGCAUGUAGUUUUUCCUUGUACAUGCUCAUCUGUUCGGUAAACCAGAAGUGACUCCAUCCAGUAACUGUUGGUGGAUUUUGCCCUCAGAUAUGAAAUACGGAUGUUAAUUCUAAUUAAAAUUUAAGAGGUUUUGCAAAGCAGGACACUGCUGAGUAUCUGCAUCUUGUUUUAAAGUAAAACCUAUGCAGCAUUGUUGGAGGAUCAGGUAAAACAGACUAAAUAUUUUUUAACUUUAAGCUCUAGUUUUCAUUAUUUACUGGUAUAAUUGUUCUUAUUUCCAUUUUUAUUAAAAACGAUUUUAAAAUAAG